AAAAACAAGGGCGAAGAGAAAGAAUUCUUGAUUUCUCAUCACUGAUCCAUCCAGUUUCGCACGGUUGCUUGCUUGCUUCUCCUGCCAUCUUUCUCCCAACCAACCUGGACUAAUCAAUCGCCAUCCAUCCAGCUCCUGUUAAAACAAGUUCAUUUGCUGCUCCCUUUCUUGUUCCUUGAUACACAUCUCACCUUUAGGAUUCAUCUGGCUGCUGCUACGUCAGUGAGCUUUCCUGCUUUGGGCUUGGUUUUCUUGGCUGAGCUAGUCUUGGGAGAUGGCAGAGGUGGCGGCGCCGCCGGCGCCGGAGCCGACCAAGGACAUCGCCGAGGAGAGGGCCGCCGUGCCGGCGCCGGAGGAGUCCAAGGCCCUGACCGUCGUCGAGGAUGCUAAGAAGGGUGCAGCUACCGGGGGCUCACACGAGAGAGACGCUCUCCUCGCGAAGGUCGCGGCCGAGAAGAGGAUGUCGCUGAUCAAGGCAUGGGAAGAGAACGAGAAGGCCAAGGCCGACAACAAGGCGGCCAAGAAGCGGGCGGACAUCGCCGCGUGGGAGAACACCAAGGUCGCCGAGAUCGAAACCGAGUUCAAGAAGUACCAGGAGUACCUGGAGAGGAAGAAGGCGGAGCAGGUGGAGAAGCUGAGGAACAACAUGGCGACGGUGCAGAGGGCGGCGGAGGAGAAGCGCGCGGCGGCGGAGGCGCGGCGAGGGGAAGAGGUGGUGAAGGCGGAGGAGGCCGCGGCCAAGUACCGCGCCAAGGGGGAGCCGCCCAGGAAGCUGCUCUUUGGCUGAGAUCAUCGGCCCAGCGUUUUUUCCUGAACGAAUCUUCAGGUUGUUUUGUCCGUUUGUCUGUCUGUUGGUCCUUCUGCAGUCUUGAGUAUAAGAGUAUUCAGGUAGCAGCUGUUUGGGAGAUCCAAUAUACCCUACUUAUGUGUUGGUGGUGGUUGCUUGUUUCAUUUAAUUUGAUUUGAUGUACAGGACAACUGUUAAUUGCAGUUUUGUUAUGUGAAAAAGGAAACAUUUAUUGUGCA